UAUUCUGUUUGGUUCAGUCGAGGCCAGGGGGUGGGGUUGCCUUCAAGAAGAGUCCGAGUGUGAAAAAGAGGAAGGAAGAAGAUUGUUUUUACUUUCGUGCGGACAGAUAUUUAAGACUCUGGAGACACACACGUGAUCUGAUUUACUGUCAAAUGAAAGUGUGAACAUGAGGCUCCACACCGUCUCACUGCUGCUUCUUGCGCUUUGUUGUGGAGGUCCGUCCACCGCAGCAGUGAAAGUUUUGGAAGUGAAAGAAGGAGAAGAUCUCAACUUCAAAUGUCCAUUUUACACAUCUGGGCACUGGAGGAUCUUCUGUAAAAGUCCCUGUGAAUCAGGUGUAGAUUAUUUGGUUUCAACUUUCAUAGACCUCAGAACGAGAGGCAGAUACAGUAUUGAAUAUGAGAAGCGUCCUUCGUUUCCAGAUCUGAUGCACGUGACCAUCAGAAACGUGCAGAAAUCUGACGCCGGAUUAUACAGAUGUGGUCUGGUAACAUUUGCAGAAGGGAACAAUCAGUAUAAAUUUGUGGACGUUGACAUUUACGUCACCAGUGCUCAGAGUUCCGGCUCUGCUCUUGGAGACGUCGAGGAGCCCAGAGCAUCUGAAGAUCAGCAGGACCACACCUCAUCGUCUGAUGUGGCGCUGUACGUGGGCCUGAGCCUGAGCGCUCUGCUCAUCCUGUCACUGACACUCGUCCUGUACUGGAGAAAGAGAAACAGCUCAGCACCAGAAUCUGCCCAGACUCCAGGAUCUGCUCAGAUACUGGAGGUGAGGAUUCUUCGAUACAUGUGA